AUAUUUAUAGAGAAAACAGAACACUCUCGAUCUUCUCUAUGCCAUAGCGUUAUUUUAGACUUAGGGAUACUAGUUUCUGUAUAUAGCCCAUAAUUUUUGACUUAUACUUAGGCUAUACAACAAGUAAACUCAGAGACUUUUUCAUACCAAAAAAACAGUUACCUUGACUUGUUACUCUUCUUUUCCCACGUUUUAUGUUUUUCGGUUUGAAAACAAAUAGGCAUCAUUCAACAACUUUGAAUUAAAACUUGACUUUGAGGUAUCAAAGAAAGACAAUGGAAGUGAAGCUAGAAGAGACCGGAAGAGAAGUGAUCAAGCCUUCUUCACCUGCACCUCAUGACCGCCUUCAACUUUCCGUGUUGGAUCUCACCUGUCCAGCCAUUUACGUUGCAACCACCUUCUUGUACAAAUCCACAGCCAGAGAGUCACCGGAGAUCAUAUCCCGGAGGCUGAAAAUAUCUCUAUCCGAGACUCUGUCACAUUUCUACCCUCUAGCUGGAAGACAAGAUGGCCUCUCCAUAUGCUGCAACGACGAAGGAGUGAUCUUCACUGAAGCACGAACCGAUCUCCUUCUCUCAGAUUUCCUGAGAAACCUCAGUACAGACUCUCUUGCAGCAUUCCUCCCUGAGAUCGAUCAGGGAGAAUCUGCUGGGACGUGGCCGUUGCUGAGAGUCAAGGUCAGUUUCUUCGGGUCAGGAUCUGGAAUCGCGGUCACUGUUGGCAUCUCUCACCAGAUCUGCGACGCGACCUCAUUGUUGACCUUCGUACAAGGCUGGGCGGCUACAGCAAAAGGGACUACAACAUCAACAUGUACUCCUCACUUUGCAGGAGCCACAAUAUACCCUCCUCCAGAUACCUCCUUCAGGUCUCCUUCUAUCGACGACGUUUACGAGCUUCAAGGAAAAUGUGUAACCAAUCGACUCGUCUUCAAAUCCUCAAAGAUCGAUGAGCUUAAAUGCAAGGCGGCUAGCGAAAGCGUCCGGACACCUACGCGCGUGGAAGCCAUCAUGUCGCUUAUUUGGAGAUGUGCUGCAAACGCCUCACGGUCUAACUCGUUAUCCCCAAAGUCAACGGUUAUGACUCAAGCGAUGGACUUGAGGCUUAGGAUCCCCUCUAAUGUUUUGCCACAAGACUCCAUGGGUAAUCUACAAACUUGUUUCUUUGUCAAAAAAGGGGCAGAGAGCGAGUUAGAGAUCGACGAAAUGGUGGCUGACUUUAGAAAGACAAAAGAAGAAUUCAGCGAGAUGAUCAAAGAAAAUCUCCAAGGGUGUGAUAAUGAUACUACUAACAUCACCACCACCACACUUGGCCAGAACUUGCUGACUGUGAUGGGAGAUUUUGUGUCGGAGUGCUACAAACCGGACGUAGACUUAUACACUAUGUCUAGCUGGUGUAAGAAGCCUUUCUACGAGGUUGAUUUCGGAUGGGGUAAUCCGGUGUGGAUGGGACCUGCUUCACAUACCGUCUACGAUAACAUGGUGUUCGUGGUUCUGAUAGAUUCAAAGGAUGGUGAAGAUGUCGAAGCUUGGGUGGGCUUACCCGAACAAGACAUGCCUGUUUUCCUAUGUGAGCAAGACUUGCUUGCUUAUGCCGUCCUAAAUCCCCCGGUGUUGAUCUAAACAAGCAUUCAACAUCUCAGUAUAUGGAGGAAAGUUGUCGUUGAUAUCUAAAUAAAGCUAUAUGUAUGGUUUAAUAGAUUGUUGUGAUUUUGUAGUUCGUGAUAUGGUCUGUGUUUUAUGCUGUCUUUUUGGUGCGUUUAAAACUUUAAUAUUGUGUGUACUCAUAUGGUUUAUCCCCUAUAUAUUAAUUAAGAAACAUUA